GUACUGUGGCUCCAGAAGGCUCAGGAAUCACCGUUCUCAUCGUUGGCUGUGGAUUUGGCGGCAUAGCAGCAGCCAUAGAAUGUUAUUGAAAAGGCCACAAAGUUGUGGUAUUCGGGAAAAACUCAGAAAUAGAUAUGAAUGGUGCAAUAUUGGGCAAGAAAUGGGCAUUGAAACACGCGAUGUUUGGCAUAAAACAGACUGGGAAGCAGUGAAGAACAACCCGCAGCUUCUUGCUCAACUUCAACCCAACUGGCUGUUCAACCAUGACCCCCAGGCCUACGCAUAUGAGUAGUUUGAAACUGUGGCCAACGCGAUUCUAACUGGUUGCUCAUAUAAGCCGUGAAAUGUACCCAAUGAAGGUUCUAACCACUGUGCAACGGAUUUCGA